AUGUCUGAGAGUAAUGAGCUGAUGAAGGUUGUUACAGUGGGCGGAAAUUCGGUUUCUGCCUUCUUGUCAUGGCGACUCCAAGCAACAAACGCCUGCGACGUCACUCUAGUAUGGAAGACUGGCUUCGAGCACGUUGCGCAAUACGGAAUUUCUUUCAAGUCUCCGGUCUUUGGCAAUGAGCGCUUCAAGCCUCGUCAUGUGGUCCGGACACCUGAAGAGGCUGCCACUCGCAGAGAGGGCGGCGCAUUCGACUAUGUUAUUCUCUGUAUCAAGGCCCUUCCCGAUGUUUACGACUUGGCCUCGGUGAUCGAUUCCGUCGUCACUCCGCAGCACACAUGCAUCCUUGUUAAUACCACACACUCGCUCGGCCUCGAGUCAGCCAUCGAAGAACGAUUCCCCACUAAUGUAGUUCUUUCGCUGGUCUGCGGCGCCGAGCUUACUCAGCUUGGAGGAAGCGAAUUCGAGCACAAGAGCUCAACAGAAGUCUGGGUUGGCGCCGCAAACAAAGGUUCCAACAUUCCGGCCUCGAUACAGGAAGACAUGGCGCAGGCACUGGCUAUGACCCUCAGCACUGGUCAGGUCGACUGCAAAGUCUCGAGUAACAUUCGGCAACAGCAGUUUGAAAGAGUUAUUGGCCCAAUUGCUUUCCAUCCUCUCACAGUGCUCUUCGAAACCCCCAACUAUGGCCAGCUCCUUGACAAAGUGGGCGUGGCCAAGCUGAUAUCAGAUGUCAUUGACGAGCUAUUAGCCGUGGCCGAAGCACAUGGUUGCAAGUUUCCGCCCGGUUUCAAGAAAAACACCAUUGAUGAAUUCGGGAGGACGACGGCGGAGAACAUGAUGUGGCAGGAUUACGUUGCAAGACGCCCGAUGGAGGUUGAAACAUAUCUCGGCUCGCCUAUCAGGUUAGCCCAAGAAGUCGGGGUAUCAGUUCCGCGAAUCGAGACGCUUUACGCCCUUCUUCACAACACCAAUAUCGCCAACCGCAACAAACCCAAGGCGGAUGCUCUGGCUCCCCCUGUACAGCCAGCGUCGCCUUCUGCUAGCCCUCUGCCCCGGGGGCCGCCAGGCACUCCACGUGCAGUAGCCAACGGCAUGGCCAACGGGAACGGGCUGCCACGGAUGCGCCCUAGGGGCUCUUCGCAGUUGGGGCCUUUACCAUCCGGCAUGCGCAGGCCUACUAUGAACGGCGGUGGACCGCCACCUAACGGAUACCCUAGACCACCAACCGGUGGGAGCCGGCAGCCGUCGAGGAGGGGGUCGAUGGAAGGAGCUGACUUGGAAGAGUUUAGCCAUCUGGUGCUAUACGACGACAUUCCAGAAGCUGGCGAGGGUGGUUAUUCGCCGCACGAUUUGGCUUUGCGGGAAAGGGAGUUGCAGCUGCGGCAGCGGGAGCUCGCCUUGAGAGAGCAGGAAUUGAGGCUCAGACGUGCUGCUGCUGGUGGUGGUCCCCCGCCGGGAUCCAGAAGGGGCCCUCCACCACCGAGGUUUAACGGCGGUUUUGACGAUGACGAUGAUGACGACGAUUACUAUGACCCGGCUUCUGCGCCUCCCGUGCCAUUGAUCGAUCCCGACAACUUUGACAUGAUGAGCGUCACUUCCAAGAAAACCCGGAAAGCGCCUAGCGACGUGCACCAAUUGCGCAAGAACCCCGAGUCUGGUGCGCCUGUUUCCAGGAGUAGUAGGUUCAUGCCGAAGUUUGGGCGGAACCGAUCGAGCCAUAUCGUCGCCGAAAUUCCGGGGUUGCACGACGACAUUUUGGACGAUCCGUUGAUGAGCUUCACCUCAAAUCGGUAUGGCGAAGUGGACCGGAGAGCGAUACAUGCGGAAUCGAGGACAAACUCUUUGACGGCCGCCCGUUUGGAUGAGCUGCAGUACACUCAGGGCCCUCCGCCACUCGGAGGCAUGCCGAGACGCGCCAGCCAAUCACCAGGGAACCCAUACAGCCCGUCCAUGAGGGGCGGUAGCGGUCGCCCUUCUCCACCAAACGGGUACAGCGCGCCAUACAUGAACGGCGGCGGGCGCCCGUCGCCUCCGGAUGGAAUGCGGCAACCCAUGCCCCGUUAUCCCCCAGGACACGGAAACGCGGUCGUGCCGCAGCAUGUGGAACAGCAUGUCGGGGUGAGCGCCCUCCACCCACCAGAGACCAUGAUGUCCAAAAAUGUUCGAAGUCUGACUGGUAGUGCAAGCGCCAGCGCGGCGAGUGGUGAUUCUACACAUCAGCUCGAGUCAUCGGAACCUUCGGCGCACAGCAGCCAGAGUAGCCUUGGUCCUCGUCCGCCCAUUGGAGUGCGUUAA